UUUGAUGAAAAUUUGGAGGCUUUUAAAAUAUAAAUUCAUAAUUUUUUUCAAUUUCCCUAAAAUGUGGAGCACACAGUUCAGUUGAACUAGUUCAACCUCAUUCGAUUUUUGAUAAGAGACUCUAGCAAUGUCUAUGUCGUUCAGACAUUUCUUCAAACAGUGUCCGUACACACUGUCACGUUGCUUUGCUCACCCGCCAUAUCAGUAUGUGGCUCCGCUCUCUCUCCUCUCGACUUUCUCCUUCAGAAGCUACGAACCCGCAAACCAUUCAUUGCCCUGUUCGUUCUUCAGGAAAAAGUUUUUCAUUUCUUCUUCUGAUUAUUCUUCACUGGACACUACUCCCUCCAACCCUGCUUAUCUUUCUGUUCGCAUUCGCUGUCGGAAACAUCUCAUUGAUGAGCUUUCGGAAGCUCUUUUAUGUUUUGGUGCAAAUUCUACUAGCGUGGAUGAAGAAGAUGGAUGUGAGAGUUCUGAUGAGACCUUCAUCAAUUCUAUAUUUCCUGAAAGCGAAGAUGUGGACAAGUGCAUCUCAUGGGCUGUGGAUUCCAUUGGCUUAGAAGAGAUACCAAGCUAUGAAGUUAAAAUUGGUGAUCAAUACAACUGGAUAAAGAAAACUCAGGAAUCAUUUCAUCCUGUUAAGAUUACAGAAGGACUAUGGAUUGUACCAGAGUGGAGAACUCCCCCAGAUGGUGAAGCAACAAAUAUAAUUUUGAAUCCUGGAUUGGCAUUUGGGACUGGGGAGCAUCCUACUACUAUGCUGUGUCUGUUGUUGCUACAAGGCUUGAUAAAAGGGGGAGAACUCUUCUUGGACUAUGGCACUGGUUCUGGAAUUCUUGCAAUUGCCGCAGUUAAGUUUGGUGCUGCCUUAUCUGUUGGAGUUGAUAUAGAUCCCCAAGCAAUCACAUCUGCAAGUCAUAAUGCUGCUGUUAACAACAUAGGACCUGAUAAAUUGAAGUUAGUCCUGGUUCCUGACAACACAUGUCCUCCCUCUAUUGAUGGAACUACAGAUGUAGCAGUGACCAAUCAUAGUUCAUAUCAAAUGGGAGCCAUUGCCGAGAGAAAUAAGUAUGAUGUGGUUGUCGCUAAUAUACUUCUAAAUCCAUUAUUGGAAUUAGCAGAUGAAAUUGUUUCUCAUGCUAAGCCUGGGGCAGUAGUUGGCAUCUCUGGUAUCAUUUCUGAGCAGCUUCCUAAUAUCAUGGAUAGAUAUUCACUGUUACUGGAAGGCAUAACAGUGUCAAAAAUGGAUGACUGGGCCUGUGUAAGUGGCACAAGGAAAACAAAUCUUGCUGGCAGAUGAAAAAAUAAAAAAUCAGUGCUGAACUGGCGAACUGCAAUCAUACUCAGAUAAACUCAACUAGGCGACUGGUGCAUCACAUUCUGGUUGCAAUGUUCACUUUCAACCUUGUGGUAUUUCCAACUUGGAAACAAGUAACAAGUUGCUAACAAAUCAGCACAACCCAAAAAUGUUUUGCAGCUUAUGUAAUUAAUUUCACAGUGCCGCAGCUUUUGAUAGCUCAGUGGUUUGUGUCAAGAAAACAAGUAGAGCAUAUUAGUUGGAUUCUAGUAGAAAUUUUCUGAAACUGUUGUUCCAAGAGAUGCUUUAAUUAUUAUUGAAGAGUCUAACACACA